GAAAAAAAGAAAAAGAAAGAUUGGUUUCACACGCAAACUGUCAAGAGUGAAGGGAGGCGAGUCGAUGGCGGCGACACGAAUCGUCCAGCUUCACCGACGCUCGCCGUGCACACCGAUGGAGGACCGGCCGCCUCCCGAGAGGUGAAUCACCUGAAUAAAGAAUCACGGCGUCGUCACAGACGACCGACCGCCGCCGGCAUUUCUCGCCUCAACCUCGGCGGUUCGAGUCCCCCCCCCCCUUCGUUCUGCCUCCCCUCUUCUUUCCUUUCCGACCUCCGGCUCUGCUCUCCGACCCCCGGCAGAGCGGAUCCCCCCCCCCCCCCCCCCACUCCCCCUUCCCUCAGGCCUCGUGCCCUCCCAUCGGCGGCGUGUGUUUUGGCGUGCGAUGCCGCGGUGGGACGCUGAGGGCUGCCGCGGGGGGCUGUGAUGUCAGAGCCCAACAGCCCGGGCGAGAGCCGGCGCGGCGCUCCCAGAUUCUUCGUGGGCUACGAGGACGAUGACAGCGAGUUCCUGGAGGACGGCAUGAGGACGGACAUGGAGCUGUACGAGGACGACGAAGACACGGACUCGCCCCCGGAGCGACAGAUCGUGGUGGGGAUCUGCUGCAUGAUGAAGAAGUCCAAGUCCAAGCCCAUGACCCAGAUCCUGGAGCGGCUGUGCAAGUUCGAGUUCAUCACCGUGGUCAUCUUCCCCGAGGACGCCAUCCUCAACGAGCCCGUGCACAGGUGGCCCCUGUGCGACUGCCUCAUCUCCUUCCACUCCAAGGGGUUCCCGCUGGACAAGGCGGUGAGCUACGCCAAGCUGAGAAACCCUCUGCUCCUCAACGACCUGAACAUGCAGUACUACAUACAGGACAGGAGAGAGGUGUAUCGCAUCCUGCAGGAGGAGGGCAUCGACCUACCGCGCUACGCCGUGCUGAACCGCGACCCAGAUAAACCUGAAGAGUGCAACCUGGUGGAAGGGGAGGACCACGUGGAGGUGAACGGCGAGAUCUUCCAGAAACCUUUCGUGGAGAAGCCCGUCUGCGCCGAGGACCACAACGUCUACAUCUACUACCCCACGUCUGCUGGGGGGGGCAGCCAGCGGCUCUUCAGGAAGAUCGGCAGCCGGAGCAGCGUCUACUCGCCGGAGACCAGCGUGAGGAAGACGGGCUCCUACAUCUACGAGGAGUUCAUGCCGACCGACGGCACGGACGUCAAGGUGUACACCGUGGGGCCCGACUACGCCCACGCCGAGGCUCGGAAGUCCCCGGCUCUGGACGGGAAGGUGGAGCGGGACAGCGAGGGGAAGGAGGUCCGCUACCCGGUCAUGCUCUCAGCCAUGGAGAAACUGGUGGCCCGGAAGGUCUGCCUCGCAUUCAAGCAAACCGUGUGCGGCUUCGAUCUCCUUCGAGCCAGCGGACACUCGUACGUGUGCGACGUCAACGGCUUCAGUUUCGUGAAGAACUCGAUGAAGUACUACGACGACUGUGCCAAGAUCCUCGGGAACAUCGUGAUGCGCGAGCUGGCUCCUCAGUUUCAGAUUCCGUGGUCCAUCCCGACGGAGGCGGAGGACAUCCCCAUUGUUCCCACGACUUCAGGCACCAUGAUGGAGCUGCGUUGCGUCAUCGCUGUCAUCCGACACGGAGACCGAACGCCCAAACAGAAGAUGAAGAUGGAAGUUCGCAACCCCAUGUUCUUUGAUCUGUUUGAAAAAUACGGAGGGUACAAAACCGGGAAAUUAAAGCUGAAGAAGCCCAAACAACUGCAGGAGGUGCUGGACAUCACGCGGCAGCUGUUGGCAGAACUCGGGCAGCACACGGACUGUGAGAUCGAGGAGAAGAAGUCCAAACUGGAGCAGCUGAAGACGGUUCUGGAAAUGUACGGCCAUUUCUCUGGGAUCAACCGGAAGGUGCAGCUGACCUACCUGCCCCAUGGGCAGCCCAAAACCUCCAGUGAGGAGGAAGACACGCGUAAGGAGGGCGCGUCUCUGCUGCUGGUGCUGAAGUGGGGAGGAGAGCUGACCCCCGCUGGCCGAGUUCAGGCCGAGGAGCUGGGCAGGGCCUUCCGCUGCAUGUACCCCGGGGGUCAAGGAGACUACGCUGGGUUUCCAGGCUGCGGGUUGCUACGGUUACACAGCACCUACAGACACGACCUGAAGAUAUACGCGUCCGACGAGGGCCGCGUGCAGAUGACGGCCGCGGCUUUCGCCAAGGGCCUGCUGGCUCUGGAGGGCGAGCUGACGCCCAUCCUGGUGCAGAUGGUGAAGAGCGCCAACAUGAACGGGCUGCUGGACAACGACACCGACUCUCUGAGCAGCUGUCAGCACCGCGUCAAGGCCCGACUGCACGAGAUCCUGCAGAAGGACCGCGAGUUCACCGACGAGGACUUCGACCGGCUGGCCCCGACUUGCAGUGCCUCUUUGGUGAAUUCCAUGAAGAUAGUCGAGAACCCGGUGGCCACGUGUGACGAGGUCUACGCCCUCAUCCAGAGCCUCACGUCCCAGAUCCGCAAGAGGAUGGAGGACCCCAAGUCAGCCGGUUUCAGAAAAGUAAGAAAAUCCAUUCCCAAAGUCGCCGGUGAACCGUGUGAAAUGAUCUCGACCUCCUUCCUCCCGUCAGACCUGCAGCUGUACCACAGCGAGACGCUGGAGCUGAUGCUGCAGCGCUGGUCCAAGCUGGAGAGAGACUUCCGCAUGAAGAACGGCCGCUACGACAUCAGCAAGAUACCCGACAUCUACGACUGCGUGAAGUACGACGUCAUCCACAACGCCACGCUGGGCCUGGAGGACACGCUGGAGCUGUUCAGGCUGUCCAGGGCGCUGGCGGACAUCGUCAUCCCACAGGAAUACGGCAUCAAUCGAGUGGAGAAGCUGGACAUAGCAUACGCCCACUGCCUCCCACUGGUCAGGAAGAUCCAGCUGGACAUGCAGAGGACCCACGAGGACGAGUCCGUCAACAAGCUGCACCCUCUGUACUCUCGGGGAGUGAUGUCACCGGGGCGCCACGUCAGGACGCGCUUAUAUUUCACCAGUGAGAGUCACGUCCACUCCCUGCUCAGCAUCUUCCGCUACGGAGGCAUGCUCGACGAGGAGAACGACCAGCAGUGGAAGCGUGCCAUGGAUUACCUCAGUGCCGUCUCUGAACUCAACUACAUGACUCAGAUUGUCAUCAUGCUGUACGAGGACAACACUAAGGACCUCACCUCCGAGGAGCGCUUCCACGUGGAGCUUCACUUCAGCCCCGGGGUCAAAGGCGUCGAGGAGGAGGAGAACGCGCCGACCGGCUUCGGCUUCAGGCCCGCUUCUGCAGAGGUAGCCCGGCAGAACGGACAGAAACAGACCGACCCCGGCAGCAUGGAGGACCUCUCGCGAGAUGAGACCGACCGCGCCGUGCCGCUGUCUGAACCGAUCGCCAUUCAGAGGCGCUCCCCGCUCAUACGCAAUCACAAGACCGGAUCCAUGGAGGUUCUGUCGGAGACGUCCUCCUCGAAAGUCGGCAGUUAUCGUCUCUUCUCGCUGUGCUCUCGUCAAUCCCCCGAGAUGAAACAAAGUGGAUUAGGCUCUCAGUGCGCCGGGCUCUUCAGCACCACUGUCCUAGGUGGGUCCUCUAGCGCCCCUAACCUGCAGGACUACGCACGCGCACAUCGCAAAAAAUUCUCCGCCGGCAGUCUGUCCUACAAAGACGAGUUGUUGUCUCUGCCGGCAGUAAAACGAUUUUCUGUGUCGUUUGCAAAGUAUCCGACUAAUGGCUUCGAAGGCUGCUCCAUGGUGCCCUCCAUCUACCCGCUGGAGACGCUGCACAACUCGCUGUCGCUGAAGCAGGUCAACGAGUUCCUCACCGCCGUGUGCGAGAGCGCCGGGGAUCCGCACACCAGGACCACCAGAGCGCUGUCGGCCAUGUUUGACACGCACAACCAGCCGUCGGUGGACUCGUACAUCCCUCAGAGGGUCCUCUCGUCAUCCAUCACGCUGCGCUCUCGCUCCGACAGACCUCCUUGGUACAGCAGCGGUCCGUCCAGCACGGUGUCGAGCGCCGGCCCGUCGUCCCCGACGACGGCGGACACGUCGCCGCGCUUCAGCUUCAGCGACAAGAUCUCCCUCACGCCUCAGAGCAGCGAGGAGACUCACUCUCAAAACGCCUCUGCUCAGUCGCCGUCGGGCCUCGACACGACGGGCGCCGCCGCUUCCAACCCCGGCGAAGUCCCUCUGACUCCCAACAACUCGCCGGAGGACGACGACGACGGCGAGCUCUGCGGCGUCGCCGCUCAGCGGCUCGAUGACGGCGAGCGAGCGCAGGACGAGCUCGCCGAGGCGCCCGCGGACGGCGCCGGCGGCGUGGAGACGGACGCGAUGGGCCCGAGGCCGCCGUGCUCCGCGCUGGCGGAGCUCGCCCUGGCGCGCAUGGAGGGCUACUGCCUCCCCGGCUCGCUGCCCGUGCUGCUGGAGCUCCGGGAGAGCAGCAGCGAGGCCGGCUCCAGCUCCCAGACGCCGCAGUCCCCCGAGGGGCCCGACGAGUUCUUCGACACUCAGGAGUCGAUGGAGCUGUGGAUGGACAGUCCGGAGAGCCCCGAGACGCCGCCGGAGGUCACGGAGGUCGCGGAGGUCACGGAGGUCGCGGCGGUGGUGGCGGCUAACACGACAGAGCCGUAGAGGGGGCGGAGCGCGCGUUCACCCGGCGAUGUCGGCAGCCACCGGUUCUGUUACUGACGCUUUGUUGCCGUUACAAAAACACUUAAAGCUACAUUAAUCUGUAUGGUUGGUUUUUCUUUUUGGCCACUAGGGGGCGGAGACGUGUCACGCAUCCAGCAGACGUAACAAAAGGAAACGUUUGUGUCCACACGAGGAAGUUAAGUCGGUCUCCUAAUCAAGUAGUCCACUCAGAGUGCAUUGUGGGUCUUUUUUUAACUACAGCAGGAUCGUGUUAAUUAAAUAUUUGUUUAGAUCGUUUUCUCUCAGCAGGAAGAAGCUUCUUUUUUUUUGGUCGAGUUUAUCGACGAGUGUUCUGCAACGUAGACGAAGUGAAACUGACGAUACCGUAAAAGAAACAGCAGGUCGGGUCAGUCGGCCAUUUUGUGCCGGCCAGGUAGAGAACAGGGUUUAUCGGGGGGGGGGGGGGGCCACAAAGUGAUUGAUUGAUUGAUUUGAUUACGGGACACGUAGACUCUCAGACUCGGUGUCGGUUUCAUUUCCUGCGUCCGUUAUUUUUCAAAACAAAAGCAAUGAAUCCUAUUUACUGCCGGAGAAACCCCGCGAGUGCACGAGGUCAAACUGAGUGCGUGUGGGCCGGUUACUGCCAGAGGAAGAGUUGGUGCAGAGAGAAAGAAAACAAAUAUUUAUAUUGAAAUUGCAUCUUUAAAAAUAAAACAAAACAUAUUAUGGUAUUUUUGAUACCCACAUCAGAUAUUUAAUUGUCGCUAUUGUGUAUUGUUUUGUAAAAUCACCUCAUGAUAUAUAAAAAAAAAAAAACAUUCUGAAAGCUGAUCUCUCAUUUUAUCACAUUAAAUGUGCUUUUAUUGUGGCGAGCAGUUCUGUAGCAGGUGUGUGUGUGUGAGCGGAUGUUUGUGGGUGUGGGGGGGGGGGGGUCGUACACAUGCUUGAGAAGCAUUUCAGGUCAAUCCUUUGUUUACGUCGUCGAGGUGAAACAACGACAAUCACAAUGUUUUGUUUUCAUGCAGCUGCUCGUGGAUUUAAAGGGCCAGUUCGCUCUAAUUAUUCAAAACAAAUAUAUUUAAACGAUAGUUUUGGGUUUUAUUUGAACCAGUGAACCCGUCUGGAUGAUUCAAACCUCACUGGUUUCUUUGGAAUCUAAUCAUUUAUUGAUUAUUGAAUUAUUGAUUCCGUUGACACACUUUGUGCAUUAUUGUUUACUUUGAGAAUAGAAGCAGAUCUCAGAAACCAAAACUUCCUCCACGGUUAAAUAACUAGUUCUGGUGAACUGACCCUUUAAAGCUGCUCACCGUUUAACCUCCAGGUCUGAUUCCUCUGAUCAGCUGAUCAGUAAUCAAUGACUCUCACUUCCUGUGUGAUGCUAGAUGGAUGACGAGCUUUUGUUUUUUCUUUUCUAAUCUGUUCUUCUGUGUGAAAUUUAAUAAACUGAUUUUUAGAAAGUUCA